AUGACACAUCUCCUGUUACCUAACACCAUGAGUGCCACGACCCUCGUUUUUGUGUGCGCGUUGGUGUUGAAGGCGGCUCCAAUCGGGCUGAAAGACCUUAAGGUCUCAGUGCCCAUGUCUUGUGUGGAUGUGGACACAGAUGGCUUGGUGGACAGACACCAAGUAGCCAGCAUUGUUCAGCACAUUAAGGCUCUUGAGGUGGCUUCGCCUCCUAUUUUGCUGGUUCUACUAUGCCGUGCAUACCUGAGCCGAAGACUCGUCCUGAGUUUUCGAGAUCUUCCAGAGGACAUCAUCCUGUUGCCGUGUCUUGGAUGCCCCACGAAUUGGACAAUGGCAUGA